AUGGCCGGGAGCACUAGCCAACCGAUGUUAGAAAAGAGUAAAUCACUAAAAUUGAAACCAUGGGAACACACAUUCCCCAAGGAAAUAGACGAAAAGAAGAAUUCAAAAGAGUUUGUCUACCGAUUUUUAGCACUGUCAGCCGCAAUGAUUCUUGACAAACGUUCAUCUCUCCAUGAGUCAACUUUCAAGCAGAGAGUAAUUGAAAGUAUUCGAGUUCCAACAUUUGAUGACACAAAUCCUCAUGGAAAACGAUUAAAAAAGAAAUUGGAAGCACUGCGUCAUACAAUUGAGAAUGAGUAUCUUCAAGAAUUCGCUAUAGUAAUUUAUCGCAUGCCUGAUGAAGAAGAUGUUGUCGAAGUGUUCUCAUUUAAAAUUGCUUAUAACAGCGACAAUAUUACGAGUGUUUCUCUUGAUAGUGGAAUAGGUACGCAGGAAACUCGCAACCGGCUUCUUGAAUUUCAAUUCAAAGGAUUAGAGCAAACAAAAACCAAUUUUACUGCAAUGAUGAAGCGUUUACAUAAAAUGUUAAAAAAUCUGAAUGAUUUGAACAACGAAGAAUUCGAUUCAAGCUUCAGAAUUGCGUUCACAGAAAAAACGCCUAAUGAUUAUGUACCCGAAGGCUUCAUGGAAUCUGAUAAGUUUUAUUCGAUUUCGGAUCCCAAUAUUGCCACGAUUGGCAUGAUUGGAGCAGGAUUCCAACGUGUUCAAUUGUUAAUGUGCUCGAUGCUGCUGAAACGAGGAAUCGACUUUAAUUCGACGAUGACAUCUUUAGAUGAGUCGAUGAUGGUUCCGAAGCCAAAACAGUCUAUCGAGAGAGCCAAGCAGAAGAAGAAAAUCGAAGAAAUUGACUCCACGUCGGCGGUGAAAUGCUUCGAUUGUGUUGGAAUUGAUUGUAUGGGAAGCUUCUGCGAAGGCGAUUAUUGCAUGGUGUCACAAUAUGCGCCAAGAUGGGGAUCGGUUCGAUGGGGUGAACCCGAAAUUGUCAAAGGAUGUGUGAGCGGCAAAAUGAUAAGCAAAGAUAUUCGCGAUCAUUGCGAGUGGGCUGAAGACGCCGAGGAACCAUUCACGUGCUUCUGCAAUGGAAAAGAUUUGUGCAAUUCGCCGAAAAUGAUAAGGCGAUUUGAGAAGGAAAAUGUGGAAUUGGUUCGGUGCGUCUGCAAAGGAUCGCAUUGUCGAAAUGACAAGACGUGUCUUGGCGAGUUUUGCACGUACAACAUCAAUCAUCGAACGAAAGAAGUCGAGCAGGGUUGCUCGAAUGCGUCGGUGCCGCUUGUCGAGCGGCGCGCGAUUGGCUCUUGCAUGGCGCCGCCAAUCACUGGCGCCAUGCACCAUAACGUCGCCAAAGACGCCGCGUCGCUUCUUGCCGUUGAGGCGUGCGUGUGUGGAACGGACUAUUGCAACAGCGAGAAGCCGGCGCCAAGUGUUCCGGAAAAAGAAAAAUGCGCGGCUUACGUUGAAGUGAACUCGAUGGGAACUAAAACUCAAAGCAAAAAUAUCACUUGUAAAGGAGAAUAUUGCUUCAAGACCACAGUGAAAUCGAAAAUUGGAGCUCUGGCAGGAUACACAACCUAUGGAUGCGCUUCUUUCACCGGAGAAGACGAAUUACCAGAAGAGCUUGAUCCCACUGGAUGCGCGUAUUUUAAAUCGGAGAAAUUGGAAGUCAAAACUUGCUAUAUGACGAAAGACAAACAGGCGAUUGGUCGAGCACUUGCGUUGAAGCAGGUUCCCGAGAGUAGUGCGCCAGCAGCGCGGAAGCCAGGAAAAGGCGGAAGGCGGAAGCAGCAGCGCGAGGAUGAGAUGGAUGAUGAAGAGGAUGAUGUUGAGGAAGAGGAAGAGGAAGAGGAACCGGUAAAGGAGAAGAAGCCGCCAAAGAAGACGAAAAAUAGCGGAAAAGAGGACAAGCCUGAAAAAUCGAGAGAGAGCAAGGAGGAACGAAAGAGUCAAGAAGUCGAGGAAGAGGAUGAUGAGGAUGAGGAUGAGGAAGAGCCGAAGUCGAAGGAGGAAAAGGCGCCGAUACGAGCGACAACAGUCAAGUCAUUCAUUUUCGAGAAGCCCACUCAACCACCGAUUCCUGAUGAUCGAAACACUACAAUGAUCACGGUAUUCGUUUUGCUCAUUCUUUGCAUUUUGGGCUCCGGAAUUGUUAUCAAAUUCGAGCUUCAUAAGAAGCUGAAGCGAAGCAGCUACGACACAGUAGCCGGAGGAUAA